AUGUCUUCGUUACCUGUUAUUCCCCCUCGUCCUACGAGGGCUUCCGCUACAUCACCUACCGAAAGCUCUGGUGCAAGUUUACCAGUAGUCCCAGCUCGACCAGUUAGAGAUCGCUCAAAGUCUCCAUUGCCCGAGUCAGAAGCAACUUCGGAAAGACCCUCGUCUCCAGACACAAAACGAAAGAUCCAUCCAGAUCUCGAUUUGCACCAACCAAUGGCUGUCAGACCUGCUGCAGAGAUCCCCAAAGCUACUCAACAUGAUGAUAUUCCCGAGAUCGGGCAACGUGUGCCUAUGCUGGACUUUGCUGGCGACGUCCAAGCCCCAUCUCCGGCUGCUGAUAGCCGAUCCGCUAGCCGAGCCAAGCGCCGUAGCCAACAUGCUCCAAGUCUUCCUCCAUCAGAUGGUCCGAUGAUUGUUGGCGAUUUCGGUGCCUACCCUGCCGGCAAAGUUUACCGUCAGAAUGGUAGCUAUUCUUUGAGCCACGACGACCUGACCAAGAGUGUCAUGACUGCUAGCGGAGCUGGUGUUGCUACCACCCCUGGCUUGGAGGGCGUUCCAGACGAAGAGAUCGGAUACAUAGUCAGUGACGAAAUUGCUUCGAGGGAUGCCACUCCUCAGGGUACUCCCGGAGGUGUUAUCACUGCUGGUCAUAAACUCCCAAGCAAAUCACCUCUUGCGACCGCCGUCUCUGCUCUCGAGGGUGAGAAUGAUAACACCCACCAACUUCCAAAUCUCGACGACUCUGGAAAUGAUAGCCAUGGAAUCUACGGCAAGAGCGGCCUAACCAAUGCUUCUAGCACUAGCUUGGGAGUUCCUACCUCCGGCAGACAUACACCAUGGGAAGAGUUCCAAGAUGAGCGUGCUGAGGGAACCCCAAUUCUGGCUUCUGAUGAGGCUGGGAAGUAUCCUGUUUGGAACCCACCGGCUAUUUCCCCAAGGCUUUCGGCCCAAGAAGUUCGCCGUCCGCCUUCCUCUAACAGGUCUAGGACUUCACCUUCCUUGAUUCCAACCGAGGAUCUCGAUGACGAACCACCAAGUCCCAUCAAAGAGCAUGUCCCAUUGUUCCCAGAGGGUACAGCUCCACCUCGUGCCCCAUCCCGACCAAAGCUUGAUAAGCAAGCUAGCAGCCAACGUUUCCCCAGCAAGGAUGUCUGGGAAGACGCGCCGGAGAGCUCUCAUGCUACAUAUGAAGUUGAAGAGGAAGAACAAAAGCCCGAUCCAGACUACUAUGAUCCUGCUAAGAACAAGAUCACCGAGAAGAGUGUUGAGACCGAGGCUCCAAAAGAAACACCGGUUAGCCCACCAGUCGUUCCAACGCGACCAACAAAGCGAGUCCCUACAGACGAAACUUCCCUCGAGGGAUCGAAGGCGGCACCAGCCGUUCCAGAACGCCCGAAGGUUCCACCAAGGCCAAUCAGGAAGAUCGGCGAACCCACAAGUGCCGAUAGCUCGAGCCCUUCCGAAGAUUCUCGCGCACCACCACCACCAAAGCCCAAGCCGGUUAUUCCAGGUCGUGUUGGCGGUGGAAUUGCUGCUCUGCGUGCCAAUUUCAUGAGCGAUCUCAACAGCAGAUUAUCAAAGGGUCCUGUUGCACCGAAGAAGGAAGAACCGGCGGAGCCGGAACCUAAGGAGCGUGAACCACUUGAAGAUGUCCGAAAGACCAGGGCUCGAGGUCCGGCAAAGAGAAAACCUAGCGCUGCCGCUGGAGCUACCCCUGUAGCUGGUACUGAAGCUCCCGCGACCGCACAUGUCCCCAAACUUACAUUCAGUUCGAUUAUCACUGUUUACUCCAUCGGAGAUGAUUACGAAGUCAGCUUUGACGAGACAAAAUUUGAUGACGAGCCAAGUAAGAUUGCGAGACCAAUCGAUGAUAAAGUCUUAGAGGCUGUGAAAGCUGAGGAAACUGAAGAGAAGAGUGAAGAGAAGAAUGAAGAGAAGAAUGAAGAGAAGAAGGAAGAGGUCUCUGCCGAGACUGAGGAGAAGGGUUCUUCAAGUGAUCCUGUUGAAACAGUUAAAGAUAUUGCGCAGAAGGUAGUUGAUGCAGUUGUUCCAACAAGUUCAACUACUGAAGCCGAAGAAGAAUCGAAACCGGAGUCAACAACGACGGCCACGGAAGAAAAGACCGUGGUUGCCUAG